AUGACUUGCUCGGGGAUCCGGCGAAGCGGGUUCUGCCCCUGUUCCGCCGAACCAAGCGCCCCGAUAUCGCUGGCGGACAGUGCAAGCACGGAGGUCUCAGCCAGAAGAAUCGUGGACAAAACAGUAAUGGCCCCAGGGGCAGUAGGGGUCCGCACUCAAGCCGGUCGCGUUGGGCCCUAUCCCUCCGUACUUACGCGGCGAACGGAUCGCGAACGGAUUGCGGGCGGAUCGCGGACGGAUCGCGGACGGAUCGCGGGCGCUGCGGUGGGUUUUAUCAGAGCGGAGCGGGCCGGGGGAGGCGUCGGCCAGACUGCCCCCAGGCCCGACCUGGAAGCGCGGAUGUGA